AUGGCCACAGCAACAAAGCUACUGCUAACAGACCUCAUGUCCGGUGUGAACCAUGUCCCCUCAAACUACGUUAGGCCCAUCUCUGACCGUCCAAAUCUCCGUGAUGUUCAGAUAUCAGAUGCCUCCUCCAUUCCUCUCAUUGAUCUCAAGGACCUCCAUGGCCACAACCACUCUAAUAUUAUCGAACAGAUUGGCCUAGCUUGCCAAACUGAUGGUUUCUUUCAGGUGAAAAAUCAUGGGGUGCCAGAGGAAAUGAUCAAAGACAUGUCAAGUAUAGCAAGAGAGUUUUUCAAGUUGCCAGAGAGUGAGAGGUUGAAGAUGUACUCAGAUGACCCUUCAAAGACCACAAGGCUUUCCACUAGUUUCAAUGUCAGGACUGAAAAACUUUCCAACUGGAGGGACUUUCUGAGACUCCAUUGCUACCCUCUUGAAGAUUAUGUCCAAGAAUGGCCUAACAAUCCCCCAUCAUUCAGGGAGCAAGUGGGUGAGUAUUGCACAAGUGUGAGAGGGCUGGUACUAAGAUUGCUUGGGGCCAUAUCAGAAAGCUUGGGCUUAGAAAAGAACUAUAUUGUUGAGGCAAUAGGCAAGCAAGGCCAGCAUAUGGCUUUGAAUUACUAUCCACCCUGUCCAGAACCAGAGCUUACAUAUGGAUUGCCUGGACAUACAGAUUGUAACCUAAUCACCAUCCUUCUCCAAGAUGAAGUGCCUGGAUUGCAGGUCCUUAGAAAUGGCAAGUGGGUUGCUGUCAACCCCAUUCCCAACACUUUUAUUGUCAAUAUUGGUGAUAUGAUGCAGGUAAUUAGCAAUGAUAAGUACAAAAGUGUGCUGCACAGAGCUGUGGUUAACUGCAACUCAGAGAGGAUAUCAAUUCCAACCUUCUACUGUCCAUCACCUGAUGCAGUGAUUGCGCCAGCCAAGGACCUGAUCAGCCAUGAUCAACCAGCCAUGUACAGGAACUUUACAUAUGCUGAAUACUUUGAGAAAUUCUGGAACAGAGGACUUGCAACUGAGUGCUGCUUAGACUUGUUCAAACCCAACUGA